UUAAGAAGGUUUGGAUCUUACGUUAUUGUGCUUGACUUAGCAGCUUUUUCUCACUAAUGAGGGAGCUUACAUGAUCUAAGGCCCAUUUUAUAGAGAGAGUGGGAUCUAGCAAGUUUCUUAGGAGUGAGAGUGGAUGAGAAGAGAAUGAGGAGCCAAAAGCCAUCUGCAGUCCCGCAAUCGGCAUUCGGAGCCGUCUGGCCGUCGGUGGUGCUGAUCGGCUGCCUGAUGACUCUGCCGCUCCUCGUCUUCCUCUGCAGCGGCGGCCAGUGGAACUCAUCGACAGUUUGGCUUCAGAGAGUAAGCAUGGCGGUGCAUCAAGGCUUUGUCGACAAAACGGCGCAUCGAGGUUCAGAAGACGCGGCACUGAGUCUGCCAAGGGACAGUCGUCUCGGCGGCCUGAUCGCCCCUGGCUUCGACGAGCAAUCCUGCAUAAGUCGUUACCAGUCGUGUCAUUUCCGCAAGCCCACGCCCCACUCACCAUCCUCCUACUUGCUCUCCAGACUCCGCAAAUAUGAAGCAUUGCACAAAAGAUGUGGCCCCAACACCGCGCUCUACCGCAAGUCGAUCACGCAACUCAACUCCGGGCACAGCAUGAACCUCAUGGAGUGCAACUACGUCGUGUGGGCGCCUUUCAAUGGCUUAGGCAAUCGCAUGCUCACCAUCGCCUCCGCAUUCCUCUAUGCUCUCGUCACGAACAGGGUCCUCCUCAUCCACCAAACCGAGGACUUAACCGAUCUCUUCUGCGAGCCAUUUCCUGGGACAUCUUGGGUUCUUCCCUCCGACUUUCCCGUAAAAGACUUGUCGAGCCUUCGUUUGGGUACCGAACAAAGUUACGGAAACUUGCUAAAGAACAAGAAGAUAAAGCAGGAUGCUAAAGUCAUGUCCGAGUCCCUUCCCCCGUAUGUUUAUGUCCAUUUGCAGCACGAUUACGAACACACGGAUAGGCUCUUCUUCUGCGACGAAGAUCAACUAGUACUCAAAAAGAUCAAUUGGCUACUGCUUACAUCAGAUAUGUAUUUUGUGCCGUCGAUGUUUCUAAUCCCGCAAUUUGAAGAAGAACUCCGGUGGAUGUUUCCGGAAAAAGAAACUGUAUUUCACCACGUGGGUCGGUAUCUUUUCCACCCAACCAACGCAGUUUGGGGAAUGGUUGCAAGAUACUACACAUCUUAUCUAGCUAUGGCCGAGGAGAAGGUCGGCAUUCAAAUCAGAACGUUUUCGUGGCUACCGAUUUCAUCAGAAAACUUCUUCAAUCAGAUCAUCGCAUGCUCUCGUCAAGAGAACCUAUUGCCUGGUAUCAAUCUCAAUGCGACAUUUGCUGCCUCGAGAAGAGAUAAAGCAAAAUCGAAGGCAAUUCUCGUGACUUCUCUCUAUUCGGAGUACUACGAAAGGAUCAAAUCCAUGUACUUCGAGCAUACAACCGCAACCGGGGAGAUCAUCAGCGUAUACCAGCCGACCCAUGAAGAGCAACAGAAAACAGACAAGCAGUCGCAUAAUCAGAAAGCGCUAGCAGAGAUGUACCUCUUGAGCUACUGUGAUGUUCUGAUCACGAGCGGUUGGUCGACAUUCGGGUACAUAAGUCAAGGACUUGCUGGACUGAAGCCGUGGAUUCUGCUGAGCCCGAAAGACCAGAAGGCACCUGACCCACCUUGUGUUCGCGCCAUGUCGAUGGAGCCAUGUUUCCAUGCACCCCCCUCAUAUGAUUGCAAGGCGAAGAAGAAUGUGGAUAUGGGAGCGAUCGUACGGCAUGUGAGGCAUUGCGAGGACGUUGGCCAAGGCAUUAAGUUAUUUGACUAGCGAUUCGCUUGUCCCUCUCAUCAUCAAUGAUACUAGGACUCUAAAAUCUUUCAGAUGAAUUAUAGCAUGUUCCUGAUAUAUAUAUAUAUAUAUAUAUAUCCUAAUUGUCGGAUCACUUAACGAACUUCUAAAUAGUUUUCCAGUACUGGUUUUCAGAAACUGAUCCCGAUUUUUGUUUAGUUCUUCAAUUGUUUGCUUCUUGCCAUGGUUUUAAUAUCACAUGUUAUGAAAUGUUCAAAAUGUAGAUUCUUCUUUAUUUUUGCUUCUGUUCAAAGAUUAUUAUUUGGAUAAUUACAUUCUAGUACCAAAUAUUUC